CGAAGACGCGCGGAACUACUUUUGCUCCCCAGAAUUCCAGUAAUUAGAUACCGGCCUAUUUUUAAACAUCUAAAUCUGGAUAGGGGAUUAUGCCCAGAAGAUGGACGCACUCUAUAAUGUCACCGAAUGUAGCAGCGCAAACGGGACGAACAUCUCCGCGAACUGUAGCGACGGCUUCAACAAGUUCAUCCAGCCCGUGUGGCAGAUCACGCUCUGGGCCGUCGCUUAUUUCGGCAUCGUGGUGGUGUCUGUGGUCGGCAACGUGGUGGUCAUCUGGAUUAUUCUGGCGCAUAAACGAAUGAGGACCGUCACCAAUUACUUUCUGGUGAACCUAGCCUUUGCUGAGGCCGCCAUGUCAGCAUUCAACACAGUGAUCAACUUUGCCUAUGCUGUUCACAAUGAGUGGUACUUUGGUUUGGUUUACUGUCGUUUCCACAACUUCUUCCCCAUUGCAGCCAUAUUUGCCAGCAUUUACUCCAUGACGGCCAUAGCUCUGGACAGAUACAUGGCUAUCAUUCACCCUCUGAAGCAGAGGUUGUCUUCUACCCUGACUCGGGUGGUGAUUGGUGUGAUCUGGGUGCUGGCUUUCCUCUUAGCCUUUCCUCAGUAUCUCUAUUCAUCGACUACAGUGCUGCCCGGACGCACAGUCUGCUACAUAGACUGGCCUGAAAACACUACUGUGGACUUCAAAAAGAUCUAUUAUGUGUGUGUGGCCGUGCUAAUCUAUUUCCUGCCCUUGUGCAUCAUGGGAUGGGCGUAUAUGGCGGUGGGCAUCACCCUCUGGGCAAGCGAGAUUCCAGGAGAUUCAUCUGAACACUACACAGAGCAACUCAUCGCCAAACGCAAGGUGGUUAAGAUGAUGAUCAUGGUGGUGUGCACCUUUGCUGUGUGCUGGUUGCCCUACCAUGUCUACUUCCUGCUGCACCAGUUCUUUCCUGAACUGUUUGAAGAGCGCUACAUCCAGCAGGUCUACCUGGCCAUCAUGUGGCUGGCCAUGAGCUCCACCAUGUACAACCCAGUCAUCUACUAUUGCUUAAACAGCAGGUUCAGAGCAGGCUUCCAGCAGGUGUUUUGUUGCUGUCCUCCUACUGUCACCAAAGAGGAGCUGUUGGAGCUCAAAUCCCCUCGUUACCUGCAAACCCAGGUCAGCAUUUACCGUGCAAGCCGAAUGGAGACUGUUGUUUCCCCUGCAGCUGCUGAGGCGCCACCUGUUGAUCCACGCAUUCAUUUUCAUAAGGAAGUUUCAACAAACGACUCAGUCUCACCUGGUCUCACUUAGAGACCAAGGCUAAGGCUAACAUGAUUAAACAGACCUAUGUACAGGUCAUAUGAGAAAUAUGCCUGUUAUAUUUUGAUACAUCUUCAUGAUCUCAUUUGAUGAGGGCAUCUUCUGAAAUCAUACAGUGGUGUCUGAGUUCUAAGAGACAUUGUAUGAAGACAUCGGCUGACCUCACCAUGCUUUCUCUCACCAUUCAUUAUUUGCACAGCUCAGAGCCAUAAUCCCCAGUGUUCCUGAGUGAUGGGCUGAAAAAAACAGGACCCCUGUCUUUGCUUGGCAACAGUGUUGUUUCGCCAGUUUUAAAGACGCUGUGUCGUAUGGGGAACACUUGCAGACUGUCCGUCUGUACAGAGCCAGCACCUGUUGGACAGGAUUAGCCCCUUGUUUUGACAAAGUGUGGAACAGGGUUUGGUUUCCAGCAGCCAGGUCAGAGGCCCAGCUAAAUAUAGAAGUUCAGAGAUGGAAAAAGAGCUGCACAUAACAUGACUGAGACUGUGGUGAAAAAAGGACUAUAUUAAAGGGAAGUCACAGCUAUAGUGGGGGACUGGGGGAAUUUGAGGCU